CAAAUAUCCAACAAUAGUCGAAGGGUGGUUUCGCAUUGUUUCGCGUCACACGUCUUCGUGUUUUUUUCUUUCUUUCUUACUUGUGGUAUCGUUUGUUCAACUACACAAGUGGUCUUCGUGGAACUCCACACUCGAUCGCAAUGCAUCAGCAGAGAACAACAGCAUGACACUGCCUUCGACGUAUUCAAACUGCUUUCGUUUUAGCAUACUUUGGACAUUACCUCUACUGGUUGUUGGAUAUGAAUACCAACUGAGUGUAACAAACGAUGGGCCGGCGAUACUGGACUCCACUAUCACAUUUACGGCCGAAGUGGUGGAUGCUCCGCAGGGUAUCCAGCUCUCGUACAUUUUUCGGCACAACGUCCCCGGUCCCGAACCCAAGGAACACGAGGUGCGCGGAGGACGAACGGGGAAGCUGCAGUUGACGUUCGUCAGCACUGAGUACCGAAGCGGUGUCUACGACAUGGAAGUUGACGCCUACAAGCAGUUUUUCUUCACCAGAGAAAAAGUGGCUGUUGGUUCCUGCCAGUUUAAACUAAGUCGUGAUAUAGUGGGCAAGAUAGUAAUCAAUCAAGAUGGGCAGACGUUGCCGGACGACCAGACGUACCUCUCUACCAACAAGACGACAAAGUUCACUUUUGAGCUGCACGACCCCAGCGGCUUCUUCGACAAAUCCUCCAAUUCCCUGGCCUGGAAGAUGGAUCACGGAGUCUCGCACUACGCCCCGUCGUUGGAGUACAACUUUACGGACACAAAGCCGCACGUGGUGUCCCUGGUGGUGGUGGCAUUAGUUAGCAAGGCUGCAAGCCCGGGUGUCAAGAUUGGAUCAUUCUCACGCGAAGUUUCACCCAUGGAUCCCAUAACGGCAGUCCAGGUGGACGGAAAGUUAUGGCUUCGACAUGGGGAUGUUGUUUCGUUACAAGUCAGCUGUAAUGGCAGCUCUCCCUACAGCUACUGCUGGAAGUACUUCCCUGGCAACACGACGUCUCAAGACACGGCAAACCUGACGUGCGACGAGCCGGUCACCACCAACAUCUGUCAGUUCCCAGUGGUUCACUAUUUCCCGCAGGACGGGGCCUAUAUAAUCGCGAUCAUCAUCAAGAACAUAGUCCAGCAGAAGCCGUACGUCAAGAACAUGGAAGUGCACAUUUACGAUGUGUCGCACAAGGGAUUGCUGUCGAGCAUUGUGCUGCCCAUCACCUGCUCGUUGAUGGCCAUCGUCAUCCUGGUCACCGGCGCCGCCUACCACGUCCACACGCGCGGGAACCUUCACGUCGAAGUGGCGGACUUCGACUUCCAGCACGGGGACCUCAACCUCGUGGAGCAGACCUUCUGGAAGCGUCUCCUCGGAUCCUGUCGAGAGUCCUGCCUCCCGUCUCGUGGGUCGCCAUCCUUGCCAGAGGGGCCGCUCAUCGACCCCAAGCCGUUCGUGGAGAGCGACGUGCCAGACUGAGUGUGAUAGUGGUUACAUUUAUAAGUUGGAUUUAUCGCGCCGCUGAUAAGAACUGGUGUCACGCGUUGCAACAAAAGAUAGUACAUUGUGUCGGAGCAGAGGGAGCCCUGUUCCGUAUGCGUAAGCUCGCAGAUAUUGUAUCGAAGAACGGGACUGUUUUGUGCCUAACUUUUAACCUCGCAGUCGAGGGGACCUAUACAGUACAGACAUAUAGACUAGAAAGGGCUGGGUGGACCCCUUUCGAUAUUUUCGAUGCACAUUGGUUUGAACGGAUUAAUUAAUCGGCGAUUAAUUAAAACCCUCGGGGGAGAAUCGCACGGAACAGUACCACAACAUCAUCCACUGAUUUUACCAUGGAAUGUUGUUUCAGUUCAUUUCAGAUUGUUGUCACUAAAUGCAAGCAGCGAAGUAGUGAUACUAUAUACCUUAGGUGCAUACAAGACGCGAAGUACUAUAGUACUUCGUGACUCUUUUUUUUUUUUUGGUCUGUGGCGAGGUGAAGCUCACAGAGGGAAGCUGGAUAGAGGAAGCCCUUUGAUGCUCAAGUAAAAAAAGUUAGAACUUCCUUUAUUUAGCUCCGUUUCCUUAUCUGUCACUCAAUUGAAUUCUCCACCGAUCGUCCGAGUGGUGCCAAGUAUUAACGUACCACCCCGUGGUGAUAGGACGUUGACGUUGAAGUUGUUUGAAACCUGAACGAUGCCCAUUCAUGCAGCAUAGAGCAUUGGUGGGACUCUCAGAUACAAGCUGGUGCUCUUGACCUGUGUGUUGCGAGAUUGUGAUUUUUAAUUUGUAUAUAAUUGAUGCGAUAGUGAUAAUAGCAGUGAUUGUGUUGACAUUUUGUUACACUGGGGCCACUUGUACUAUAAGUACUAGUCACGUGCGUGAAUUGAGCAGUAGUAAUUCCGUUCCUAGAAAGCAUGCCAUGAUAUCAACACACGUUGCGGGCCAAUACGAAUUUUUGAUUAUAGAUCUCCGCACACUUUGUGUCGGCGCGUUACCCCCUAUUUAUUUUAGUUUGUAAGGUGAGCGUUAACUAACUUAACGGUUAUUUACGCCACGAUUGUCAGUGGUGUGUUGCAAAGAUGUGUUACGUGCACGUUACUCAUGUUAUGUGGACUCUACCGAACAUCGCAGCCCUUAGGGAUGUCAUGUUUCCUCAGCACGAUCCUCAAAGACGCUACUGCGGAAGAACUCUUAUUCAAUAUUACUCAGUUGUAGCAAAUGGACUUUAUUAAAGGUCUGGGUGUGUCUAAA